AUGGCUAACGCAAGCGACAUCAUCACAUACAUUGGCGUUCCGCUCGCCGUGCUUGGCGUGCUGCCCAUUCUCUACACCUUCAUGCUCUCGAUCCUGACGCAGCGGCGCAUCCGCUCGCUCCUCGUCCACCACGGUCACCGACCUGUCUCGACGUCGCGGCCGCACGACGGGUUCACGCUGCGCAGCUCGCCCAUGACGAGUAUGGUGGAGGUGGAACUGCCACGGUACACGAUUGCGCCGCUGGACCGGCACGAGGAGGAAUACUGGGUGGGUACAGAGGAGGGAAUCGACGCUGGAAGCCACGAACACCAUCACCUGCUCGAGCGGGGAGAUCGGGCGGAGAGCACACUGAGCAUGAUCGAGGAGGGCCGCGUGAGAGGCUAUCUGAGGGGCGGGUCGUGGCGGGCGUUUCAUUGGAGAAAGCUGAUCGUUGGGCGUAAGUUGUACAGGAUCCAAUAUGAGGAUGAGCUGAGGGAGCCUCCGGCGGAGGUUGGGUUUGAGGCGCUGGUGGUCUUUCUGUUGGACUGGGGCGCCGUGCCGGACAGUAUGGGGUGGGAGAAGUUGAGGACUGGGGGACUGUGGACGCCGAGUGGGACGGUGUUGUUGAGGAGGACGGGUUCCACUCAGGAUCACGAAGAGGGCGAAGAGAAGAUGAGGAGGCAGAGGGCGAGUGAUUGGGUGUUGAGGACCAGUAUGCCGGAUGAGAGUGACGGCAUUUUGAGCCUAACUGUACGCUGGCCCAGGAAUGAUGGAGCAUUAGGACUGGGAGGGUCAGCCUCAGCGUCGGUGGCGGAGAUGCGAGGAGCCGCGAGCUUGCCGCCGGGCUGGGGCAGGCUUAGGCAACCGGCACCCUUGGAGGCUAACGACAAGCGUGCAGAGAACGAGAAAGAUUUGCCGGCUCGGAUAGAGGAGCUGAAGGCCGCGCACAAACACAGCGUGGACAGCACCAGCUUUCGCUUUCACGCCGAAGACAACCGCAUCCAGAGACUGCUUUGGGAACACAACGACGUCGAGACAGGGUUCGUGUGCGAACCCUUCCGCUACUACGAGCAGUCUACGGCCGGACUUUGGUUCACUUGCGUGACUUCGGCCCUCUUGUCUCAGAAGGGGCCAGGCGGUCUCUGGGCGUUUGAGAUCCCUGCUGACAUCAAGACGUUUGUGCGCAAAGACAGCAUACCCUGUGGUGUGAUGGUUAUUCUGGGUCUGCUUCCGGAGCAAGAUGCACCUCAAUGGUCAAGCGAGAGGGAUAACCGGAACGAGGGUGCCGAACGGGGACGGAUCCAGCAUCAAAAGCUCACAGCGCGCAUGGCUGCUGAACGGUUGGAGGCCUCUAUGCCGCCCGAACAGGCGAGGAUCCACCGCGCAAAUAGGCAGGCGAAGGACCUGCAAGAAUUUCACAACGAGAUGGUCGCGAGCAACGCGGCCAGACAUGAACGAGGAGAGAGGAUGAUCAAAGACGCGAUUGCCAGUCCGAGGAUGAGCAUCAAGAAGGUGGCAGAGGCGUGUUUGGUCUGGCUCAUUGAGAAGGGCGAGGUUGGGAAGGAGUGGACAGUAGAGCAGCUCGCAGAGGCUGUCCUGUAUCUGAUUGUCGUUGACCUGCAAAGACAAAGGCGGGCUGAAGAGGGCCAGAAUGUGGAUCAAGGCGACGCCUCGGGGAUUGUCCGCAUUCUGGAUGAAUGGAUGUCCUGGGCGACUGCGGGAGGAAUGAAGAAGCAGCAAUACCACAUGCUCGAGGGCGAGAAGGACAAGCUGGCGCUCUGCUUGGCUGUUUCGCUGGUCGCCGUGGUUGCUGAGUCUCUGAACUCGAGCAGUGCUGGCAGGGGGAAAGUUGGACUGGAUAUGUUGGAAUGUCUCCAGCUGUGGAGGAAAGUGAGGCUUGGGUGA